AUGGCAUCGGUAAGCGCGCAAGCUCUGUCCACAGUCACAUACGGACCUAGCGGACCAUGCCCCGUCCCCUCGGUCACCAGCGUCGUUGUUGUACAGGCGGGGUACUACAGCUCCUUCUUUCAAUCAGCUUCCUCGAUUGUGAACCUCUGGGGCAACAGCAAUACGGUUAUGAUCAACAAUGCUCCAACGACGUACAUUACCAACACAUAUAUCAGCACAACCAUCAUUUCCACCAUCUCUACCACAGUUGUCAAUCCUUCAACUACAGGAGCGUCCUCUAGCGGUGCGGACGUUGGUCCUAUCCUUACGGGCGGGUCCUCGUCGACGACCCCUGCACCAUCUGCCUCCAUGACUCCUGUGCCACCUUCGAGCAGCACUUCUCUGGGCCCUUCGUCCACAUCAUCUCCGAUUUUCACUCCCGUUCCCCCUCCGCAAACAACGCCAGCACCCGCGCCAGUCUUGACUUCUACAUCAGUAGACGCGAGCGGCAACACAGUCCUGGUUGAAGUUACUCAGACUCCAUUGGCACUUGGAGAGGGUCUUCCAUCGGGAACCAUCACUGAUCUCCCCGCCUCGCUAGCAGAGAACGGUGUUAUCGUCGGUGUUGCAGUCGGCAAUCUCGGAGCGAAGGUAAAAAGACAAGCUCCUGCAGGCCCGACAGCGGGUGCGGUUCUGUCAGGGGAGGAAGGAGGCGCCGCCCUGGCUUGCGACGUUGCGUCCCGGUUCUUCUUGGAACAGGGACAAUUGACCGACGGCACGGACGUGGUGGGCCGCAACACCACCGACAGCUCAGCUCUGUUGACUCCUGACCCUGACUCCAACAACGUCACAACGGUGUUGUCCUUCGUUGAUGGUAUCCUCAAUUGGGACACUGCCGAUCAAGGUGUGGCGACCUUCUACCAAUGUGGGGAUGCCAAAGUUUACGCGGGCUUUCCCAAUCCUCCACGAGAGGACUGCUACGUAGUCACCCUGGGAGGCAUUGCCGCCACUGCUUGUCCUGUACCGCUACGCAAUGAAGCCGACACGUCUACCUCAUCAGACGUCCCUUCAAGCACCCCGGCUCCGAGCGAUGUGUCAUCCACGACGGCGGUUGAUAUGACCACGACAACGGACUCGGGUGUCUCCAGCACCGUGGCACAAACCACUUCGCCCGUCGUGGCUUCAUCGACAAGCGCGGGGACUUCGGCUACUUCUGCAACAGGUGGUCCGAUUGCUCCCGGCAAUAUCCCAGUCAUCAUCGGCAGCUACUACCAUCGGACAAUCGACUUCAUCAGCUGGAGCUGUGGCUCAGUCGAGCUCUUCCUCCGUGGUUCCGGGGCUGUCGGGUUCCUCCGCAAUCGUGGCCCUGCCCUCAAGCUCUUCGAGCGCGACAAGUCUGCGAUCGAGCUCGCCUGCUGUCACUCCGGCGCAAUCUAG